AUGUCGCCUCUCGGCCAAUUUAUGAAGCAACUGCUCCAGAACCACACUGGAGAAGUUCAGAUUAUCAAUGAUAACGCAAGAAUUACCACAGAAAGAAAUAGUGCAUCCUUGCAGCUGAAAAACAGCUUGCAUUCGAGUAGUCUCCCCUCCUCAAGCAACCAUUCCACCACUCGUUGGGAUAUGGAUGGAUCCAAUCACUCGACGGAAGUUGGCAACAGCACUUCCACCCUCAAUCAAACUUCUUCAGUACCAACAGCUCCCAUUCGCAAGCCUUCCAACGACCCUCCUCAAGGGGAUCAAGUCCGUCCUUAUGAGUCUUUGGAUAUUUCCUCGCACAAGGCAGAAAAGCGUGUACACAAAUAUCUUGGAAAUAAUAGCUGGAGCUUGCGUUUGAGCCGACCUUCAGUCUCUUCUACAUCCAAUCUUGAUGUUAUUUUUUCGCCUUCCAACCAAAGAAAGUCUUGGGAUGCAAGCAAGAACUGUCACAACACGAUGAACGAUAUUUUUACUCUGGUAGAACCCACAACUGCUCCCAAUACUCCUGAACCCUCUCCUACUCCCUCCCGAUCUAAUACAUCGAUAUCAUUGAACCUCAUCAAGCCGUCUCGAAAGCUUUCUCCCAAGCGAGAGGAGGAGGAGUCGCCCAUUCCUCCCCCCAGUGCCCUUGAACUCAAUCGAAGCCUUUCCAAGACUCUUCUGGGAGCGGACGAUUUGAAUCCACAAGCUCCCAAGAUUCCCACUCGUCGACCUUCCCAUCAACCCGACCUGAAUUCUCCUACUUCCCAAACUUCUGCCAAAUCAUCCUCGGCUGAUGCCUAUUCUCGAUUGGUCUCUGACAUUCCUUUGUGUCCUUUGGUGGACGACGACGACGAUGUACCACCCACCAUCACUUCCGCCAGCCAAAAGAAUUCGAACCUUGUCCAGCAAGCUCAGGCAAUGGCUGUCACCCUCCCCUCAGAACUACCACUGAUCAAGAAGUCAAAGCGAGCCGUUUUCGCCAAACCCAGUAACAAGUGGCUCGGUUCUUUGGGAAAGCGAAAUUAG